AUGAAGUUCUCCCUCCUUCUCGUGAUCGCGGCGACUGCUUCGGCGGCAGUCGUUGCACCCAGGCAUCACAAAGGACGUGGUGGGAACGGUGGAGGAAACGGCGGGAACGCUGCGGCACAGCAGGGCCAGGCAGCGCAGACCGGAAACGAAGCCACGCAGGAUGCGCAGACGGGCAACCAGGCGGCGACGGGAGGAAACGCUGCUACUGGAAACAACAACGCCGCGACGGGUGGAAACACCCAGACUGGCGACAACCAGGCGGCGACAGGCGCGACAGGGGGCGGUGCUCUUGCGAGGGGCGCAACGACCAUUGUCUUGAAGGAGACGCUGGGUAUUCCGGGCAACGAGUGCAUCACCUUCCGCAACAACGGCGAAAUGGUCGAUGCUGCCUGCGUUAACACCGCAGCCGAUCGCCAACUUCAAGCCUCGACCGUCAAUGGUCAGCCCGUACUCGCAGUCCAGCGCUCCUUCACCGCAGGCUUCCGUCAGGACCUCGUUGGUGUAGAUGCUUGCGUUGGUAAUAACGGCACAACUUUCCUUGCACAGCCCUGCGACGAUGCCAACUUGGACCCUGUUACCUUCUCGAACAACAACUUAGUCGCCGCGAGUGGUGCUUGUCAGAGCGGACACGACGGCGCUGCGCAAAUAACAGUUGACCAGUCAGGCCAGAACUGUGCUGAGUUGACGAGCACCGAUACGACGGCUACCCCUCCUUAG